UGGUGCCAGAAACGAAAAAAAAGACGCGAUUAUUUAGAUAAUUUCGUUAACAAGACCUUAGUGCCAAAUAAGUCAUCAGCAGCACGUCACAAUCGUUGCGACUUGCGUCUCGAGCUCAAUAAUUACCGAUCGUCUUUCGAAAUAAAUCCUUGAAAGUUCGCUUCUCACACUACCAAAUUUUCUCUUCUUAUAUUGACACAUUUUUAAAAUUUUGGAAUGUUUAAUUUUUUUGUUUUUUAUACUUGACGUUAUAAUCGAUUUAUAGGUAACCUACUACCUUCUACAAGUAUAGGAGGUGUCCUGUAGGUACCGUCGAAUUCAAAUUCAACAAUCUCUUAUAAAGUAGUUACAUAACCGCUUCUUGUAAAUAAAUGGACAACCCGAGGUAUGAACACGACAAUGGCCCACAGCAAAAUUCAACCGUCAUCAAUGGCAAUCUACAGUUAAAUAAUUGUACAGGAAACAAUGAUAUUACCUUGGCAGUGGACGACGUGGAAUCGUCAAAACUUGCUUCUAACCAGAAGACGACAUUUACCCAACACUCUAAAGGUACCUGUCUAAAAAAUCUAACCACUUUUACCAAAAGAAAACUAUUUAUAUUGCAAUGGAUUCCCGCUUACUCGGGUGAUGAUUUUCUUGGUGAUCUCUUGGCCGGCAUAACGAUCGGCUUGACUGUAAUACCUCAAUCAAUGGCAUUGGCGAGCAUAGUCGGAAUACCAGCUCAGUAUGGUCUUUAUAGUUCCUUUAUAGGGACAUUCAUUUACUUACUGUUUGGCACAAGCAAAGUAGUUCCAAUGGGACCCACCGCUAUCGUGGGCCUGCUGAUUAGCAACACGAUCGGGACUCGGGGAUCGGCGUACGCGACGUUGUUGUGUUUCCUGACAGGCAUCAUCCAGACGCUGAUGAGUUUCGCAGGCUUGGGGAUUAUUGUUAACUACAUAUCCGUGCCGGUGUCCUCGGGGUUUACGUCAGCCUCAGCCAUUCUUGUCAUUACCUCGCAGGUGAAAGACCUGAUUGGCGUCAAGGGUGGUGGAGGAAACCUGUUGAAGAUGGUCCGAACCGUAUUGGAUCACAUCAGUAACAUCAGCACGGGAGACACUGUCAUGGGCUUCACGUGCAUAGGGGCAGUCAUGCUCUUAAAGGCCUUCAGUACUACGCGGAUAGGUCCAAAAGAAGAAGAACUACAAACUCUGUGGCAAAAAUAUGUAAAUAAAUUCAUCUGGGCGAUCGGUGCAUUUAGGAAUUCAUUUGUAGUAAUCGUAUGUAGUAUUAUCUGUUAUUGGUGCGUACAUAAGACAAACCACGAUAUUACGUCAGAUUGGCCGCCACCAAUCCCGUUCAAAGUCAUCGGCAAAAUUCCCCACGGAUUGCCACAUUUUCAGUGGCCGGAGUUUAGCAACAAGGACGAGAGUUUCUUCGACAUCAUUUUCUUCAUGGGCUCAGGAAUCAUUGUGAUACCACUCAUAUCGUUACUCGAAAACAUAUCUCUUUGCAGAACGUUUGCGGAGGGUAAGCCAGUGGACACGGAUCAAGAAUUAUUGGCAAUCGGUUUGGCGAACCUCGGCAAUUCGUUUUUCCAUGGUUUCGCCGGGUCUGGAGCCAUUGCCAGAGGAGCGCUCAACUAUUCGAGCGGAGUGCGGACGCCACUUGGAGGCCUAUACACUGGACUCACUGUUAUGGCGGCAUUGGUGUUCUUGACACCGUAUUUCUAUUACAUCCCAAAGACUUCACUGGCUGCUGUUAUAAUCGCCGCCUCGUUUAUGAUGGUCGACGUCAAGAUGGUCAAACACAUUUACAGGUCAAAAAAAAGAGAUUUGGUACUUAUGUUGAUCACGUUUUUUGCGUGCUUGUUUCUUCCAUUGGAAUACGGUGUGCUCAUUGGCAUCGUUGCAAACGUCGGGUUCAUAAUGUACAGUGCUGCCAAACCCAAAAUAUCUAUCCAAGUGCAAAAGAACCACGACGGGAUCAAAUACUUGUUGCUGACACCGGACAGGUACUUGAUAUUCCCUUCGAUGGAAUACGUACGACAGACGAUAACCAAACACGGCCUCGCUCUUGGGAUCCCAGUAGUCAUCGACGGUUCCAGUAUAUUUGAGGCAGAUUUCACAACUGCAAACGUAUUUGCCAUGAUGUCGCGGGACUUUUCAACAAAAGGCCAAUUUUUAUACUUGUAUAAUCUAAAGCCCAGCGUAGCAAAUGUAUUCAAAGGACUAAAAAAUUGUAAUAUUUUGUUGUGUGCAAAUAAAAACGAGUUAGACGAACUGCUCAGAAAUCAUUUUGGACCGUCACAAAUUCAAGAACAAUAUCAAAACGAAACAAUUUGGACUUCAAAAAUGUGAACUUAAAGCAAAUGAUCUUUGAAUAAAAUGCAAUAUAUUGAUUUCAAA